AUGCGAAUCGAGCUACAUCCAUUAUUCAAUGUCAAUCUUGUGCUAGGCGAUUUUUUCAAUGUCGAAUUGGAAGAGCGUGGAUAUUAUCAGAUUCGCGUCGUCCCGAAAAACUCGUCCGAAUUCUUCUCGCUGGAAAUAGUACGCGAUGGGGAUGAGACGCAGACAGCGAGACAAUCAAACAGGACGGGCUCGCCGCGGAGUCCAAAUGAUCUAAUGCCGGCAUGUGUUCAAAACGGCGUCGGAAUUAGUCAAACAAUCGAGAUAACCUAUGUCGACGAGGUGUAUAAUUUAGAAGACUCAUUUUGCAUUGCUGUUCAACUUCAAGCCACCACCAACUUCAAUGAAGUCCGAUUUCUUGAUGUCGAUCUGGAAAUAUGGUUUAUGGAUCGCUAUCGUCCGCCGCGUCACGAAUUAUUCCAGAAGCUUGCCAAACAACAAAUUCGAAUACCGUUGGACGCGACGCGAUUGUGCUCGGCGGCGCGCAGUUUGUACUUUGAGUGCGUCAAUGUCGGCGCGUUGACGAUGUCGCUUCACGCGUCGCUGGUGAUGAUGGCGACGCGUCGACGCAAACCGUCGCCGGACACGCCGCUCGCGAAAAACUCGAAACUCAAAAAGUACCAUUCGGCGGCUUGCGAGACGCUCCUCAACGCCACCAAAUCCAUCGAGGAGUUUAUCAAAAAUCAUGCGAGUUUGAUCAAAACCACCGUCUCGAUGGAUGAGAUUGACGUUGAACUUGAAUUGAAGGCGUUGGCGGCGAAUUUGGAAAUCGCCGACGCGCCCUGGAUUCGUCUCGAGACCGACUGCAGCGAGUUGAGCUCGCGAUUGACGUUGAUCUACCAGCAAAUGCUCAUUUUGUUGGGCAAAUCCGCCGAAAUUCGCGCUCAAUUAUUGGCCGAUUACGACAAACAACGACGCGGUGUUCUCAGCGAGGCGUUUUUUUGCAUCGACAAACCCAAAAACGAGGUGAUUUACAGCAUGGCGGUUAAUUACACCGAGCUUUUCGCCAUCAUCGCAAAAGCGAAAUAUUUGCAAAUGUUGCCGAGACCGACGAUUUUUUGCGCCGACGCCGACUCGCCGUCGAAUUUGUGCUCCGUCGUGUUUGAGGAGUGCUUCAGCGUCGCCGAAACGCCGGAGCCGAAGCGCGACGCUUGUAAGCCGUCGACGGCGAGCGCCGCCAUCGCCAUCAGCAGCAGCACAUCGUCGGCGAGAAAAUCGGGCUCAUUCACCGAUCGCCUCAAACGCGAAGCGUCAAAAUCGUUGCGAAUGAUCGCGCCGCGACGCAAAAGUGCCGAUAGCGCGCAAUUGAGAGCGGCGAAACGACGCGACAUUCCAAAGAGUCGAACGUCGACGGCGCCGUCCGUCGAAACGCUCGUUCUUCGCGAUGCCGACGAAUUGCUCGGAAGGGCGUCGGCGGCCGGAAACGCGGUCUCGUGUGUUCCGGCGUCGCAAUCCGACGACGACGAAAUUGGCAACAUUGAGAAGAUGAGUCGGCUCGAGGUGAUCGAGGCUCUUCGGCCGUCAUCGUCAGCCGACGACGUGACGCAGGUCGGCUCGUCGGAGUCGCAACUCCGACAAGUCCAUUCGCGCGACAUGAUCAAAACGGUGGAAUUUGUGCGGGCUCGCGAGGCACUGAAAUCAAAACUCGCGCAGAAGCGCUACGACGGCUGGUUGUAUAGUGAGCGGGCGAUGCGCGCGACGCCGCCGCUUCAAACCUCGCCGUUGUGCGUCGAAUCGCUGAAAGAGAUUCGGCAGACGGGCGGCAACGAGUCGACGCGAACGCAUCUCGUCGUGUUCGUGCACGGUCUCGAAGGGAGCCACGAGGAUUUGUUGCCGUACAAAUGCGCGUUGCGGCAGGCGAUCAAUAGCCACUACUAUUCGAUGUUUCGCGACGGCGCUCAUGAAAAUGAUGCACCUUAUCGAGUACAGUACCUAAUGAGCCGCGCGAAUCACUCGGAGACGUGGGCGAACAUCAAAACGAUGGCGCAUAAUUUGUUGUGCGAGAUUCGCGAGUUUGUCGAAGAGUAUCCGGGAAGUGUGCACCGUAUUAGUUUCGUCGGCCACUCGCUCGGCGGCGUCAUCGUUCGAUCGGCGGUUGGCGUGUGCAAAGAGGUGGCGAUGGGUUGGCUGAUCGGCAAACUCCACACGCUGCUCACCAUCAACACACCGCAUUUGGGACUCGCCUACGUCGGCCGACACGUGCACAUCGGAAUGCAGUUCGUCAAAUGGUGGAAGCGGUCCGAAUCGAUCGAGCAGCUCGCGUUGCGCGACUCGCUCAAUUUCACCCAAUCGUUUCUGUAUGAGUUGUCGGCGAAUGAUGCGCUCGCGCAGUUUCGCAAUGUUUUGAUGAUCGGCUCGCCGGACGACAUGUUUGUGCCAUCGUGCUCGGCGCUUCUCGAGCCGUCGCGACAUUCGAUUCGCGACCUAUCGGCUCUCGGCUCCGCCUACCGCGAAAUGCUCUCCAAUUUGUUGUCGUCGAUUGUGAAAAGCGAGAAGACGAAGAAUUUUGUGCGCUACGUCACGUUUCACCAGAUUCCGACGGCGAGCUCGAAUCGAUUGACGGGAAGAGCGGGACAUAUCGCUGCCGUCGAAGACGUCGUUUUCAUUGAGAAAUUAUUCUCCGUAUCGGCCGUCAAGUAUUUUGUAUAA